CAGUAUCAGGGUGUGUUUGAGUGUCUCUGAAGACUGUGUUUCUAAAGACUCUGCUUGUUUUGUCUCAGCAUUGAAGAGACGAAGAGAAAGAUGUCUGGAACACGUGCACUUUGCUGUCAUAUCACCACAGCGACCCGAUCAUUUGCCGUCUUGUAUCUGAUAGGUAAUGUGCUGGAACUGGUGGAUAUCAUUCGAACAGUUUCUUGGGGGAAAGCUCCAUACAAUGUGCCCCAUCAUGAAUUAAAGUCUACCAGAGGCCAUCGUGUCUUUGAUAUCAGCACUGACAUAUUUACGCUGGUUCUGAUGUCGAUAUCUGGUGUGCUGGUCCUGUUCUCUCACCGCAAGGGCCCAUUUUGUGUGCUGCCUUUUGUGCUGAUGAUGUUUGUGGAUUUGGGUCUGAGUUUUCUCUCCCUGUUUGAUGGAGCCUGGGGACUGCCAGGGACCCCCAACUACAAAGACGUCCUGCUAGUUGCAAAGUAUUAUAAAGGAGUCAAUAGGUUCGAUGAGGAGGAGUUAGGCAAUUUCACCAUGCUGUACACUGUUCUGUUCAUGCUGAACAUCUUGCUGAAGGUGUACAUCCUUCAGGUGUCAAUGAGGUGUUUUUAUGCCCUGAAGGCAGAAAGGACUUCUGCCAUCCAUGUUGACACUGGAAAUACUGUGACAGUGAAACUCCCUUCCUAUGAUGAAACUCUCAAGAUUAAAGUGGUAGACUCACCUCCAUCAUAUGAAGAGCUCUGAAACGAAAGUGUAUUUCAGGCAUGGCAUUAUGACCCAGAAAGCAAGAAACCCUUUUAAGCUUACAAGCAGCUACACCACAAUGAGCACAAAUAUUGAGAUGCACGCAAACAACCACACACAAAACUUAAAUGCUUAAAUGCUUCCUUUAACAAAUUAAAGUUAAUUACUUGUGUACAUGUUUCUGAUUAUUGUGUCUUCACUAUAAGCAAGUAUGUGAUGAUGGAAGAUUUCCAUUCGGUUUGAACUGUAUUAUACUUCACAGUUGCGAUAAUUUUUUGAAUAAAAGGUCAGAAAAUAGCAAGAUCUGUUUUAUUUUCAAGAUUGUUACCUGGAGCUUUUUCUGUUUGUGUAAGAAAUACAUUUAAACACAUAAUCCCUUUAUUGAAUAUUUAUCAGUUUGUCUUAAAAAAAAGCCAAGAUACUGAUCUUCCAUUUACACUUAUUAUAAUUAUUCUUCUGCUUCUUCUGAGAAAUCGUUUCUAACUGAUGGGACUUACAGUUUUCCAACAGCUGACAAUCAAAAAUCAGAAAAAUCCCAUAGGCUUUCAUUGACAAUGUUCAGAUGAGGCAAGUCUAUUCAAACUCCAACUGUCAAAAAAUCUAAUGUUACUGUAACAAACCCACACAAGCAAAUAUGCUCAUGCUAGCUAUCUAUCUAUCUGUCCAUCCGUCCGUCUGUCUAUCUAUCUAUCAAUUGGACUUACAAAAUAACAGACAAGACUUGCGGUUUUCCAACAGAGAAAAACUAUUUUCCAAUUGAAAACAAGAAAAAUCUUAUUGACUGGUUACAUUGACGUCACUUUUUCCCCGAAGCCACCAUAUUUGUGACCAUCAGCGGGAGAAAUUAAUGGUGGUCAAUGGAAAAAUACCCAAAAAGCAUUAUAAAGAAAAGCAUCAACAAUAGCUUUUGAUCCAUGACAAGUCACAGGAAAGGUAUGUACAGGUCUCAAGUCAGUACAGAUAUGAAUUUCGUGGACAUUUUAUUAUAUUGUUUCCACGAUUUACCUCCGUACGCCGGUGAUGCGUGACCCUCGAGUACACACGCCUACCGGUACAUCACUGUAGACAUCUCUCAUUCAGAAUUUACAUAUUUUCAUGUUGUUUUCUGCUCUAAUUUGUUCAAAAUAUUACAAAACAUCUGUGAUAAUCCCAUCUGUAUGAAUAUAAGAGCGGCUUUUAACUCAUGAAGAAUACACAGAAAGCAACCGAGGCAUAUUAGUUAACAUGACAAAUGUUUACAUU